GUAAAUCAGAGAACAAGUAUUCCUUGUAAAUUUGGUUGAGUUUGGGUUUAUACGUGGCGUAUUUUCAGUCAUAACGACCACAGAUAUUGUGUCUAAAUUAUAUAUGAAGUUGGAAUGAUCUCAUAACAGUAUUGUCGUUACUAGUUCCUUGAGGAGUAUUUGAUAUUUUCGAUGCACAUCGUGGACCUUAAUGACGACGCUUUGUUCGAGAUUAUGGAGUACUUGGAUCUGGAGGAUAAGAUAAGUCUGUGGGAAGCUACGGAGCCCACAACCCGCCUCGCAGAUAUUACAUCUUAUGCCUGGCGUCGCCAAACCGGGCACAUCAUCGACCUUGACUACCUUACCAACUUGGAGCUACUAAAUUCAUUCUUGUCGAUAAUUUGUCCCACUGUGGUGGACGUUGUUUUGCAUAUGGGUGAGGUGCGGUUGCCUCAGAUGAACAUCAUUCAACGCCACGUUUUUCCAAAGGUUCGACACUUGGAGGUCAAUAUUCUAAUGGAUUGGUUAAGUCAUCCAUACUAUGAUACCUUGCUUUGUAACUUGUGGUUUGAUAGAAACGUGGGGAUGCUGGCCGACUGCUUUCCCAAUAUCCAGGGCAUUAAUUUGACUGGUGACAAUUUCUAUACCACCGGCCUACACUUCUCCAAGUGGGAGUGCCUCACCCACCUAUACGUUGUGAAUGCCUCAGAGUUGUGGACAACCGAGAACUUUAAGGAAAUCUGCGAGAAAUUCAAGAACCUUAAAGCUCUAUCCAUUGACAUCGACAACGGGUAUACCCACAAUGGGGAUCCCUUCAUAGAUGCCAUCUGCACUUUGGAGAACCUGGAGCACUUGUGGUUCAACGCAUUCUACCUUAGUAUGGAUAAUUCCCGUAAGCUUCUGACCAAGCUUCCCAAGCUGCGGCAGCUGCGCUGUAACGAAAGCAAUCUACGCUGGGCCCCGUUGAUUCAUCUGCGUGAUACUAGGCCUGAGGAUGUCCGCUCCAUCGCCUGUUCCAAUCUGUGGCUAUGCUACAGCACCGACGUCGAUUCGGAGACCGAGGCAGCUGAGAUAUUCCGUGUGUCGUUCCGCCAAGUGCUUAGGAAUUUCCCGCGUCUCGAAGCCUUGCAUUUUAGACAGUCGAACAUCUGGAGGAACGUGGAUCAACUGUGGGACAUGCUAUACCAUUGCCCGCACCUGAAAAUGCUCAGCAUUCGGACCGUUUACAUGAGUUCCUUCAAGUUUAGCAAGGCCAGAAUGAUCAGAGCCCUGCGCCAUCGUACCGAGCCGCUGAACUUUCACGUCCAGGACACGGAACACCAAACUAUCAUUACCACCAUGCUAAAUCGCCCCGAUAUAAAGGUGACCUUUGGGCCUUUACCAGACCAACAACAAGUCUUCGGCAACAACUGUAUUGAGUUCCAUCUUCAUCCUUUGGUGUCUAACGUUUAACGGGUGUAAAUCUAUUAAAAACAAAUUUAUUUUCUUA